AUCAAGACUGACCUAAUUUGAACCAACAUUUCCCCAACCCAGUGACAAGGUUGACUUUUUUUUAAUAUAUCAUCAGUUGCUUGUAGACCUGCUGAGGCAAUGCUUCCACAAUCAGUGGAGGCAGAACACUUUGACGGGCUAUCACUCCUCUACUGGACUAUAAUGGGGCCCCAUGGUAUCAGACGUGCUGUGGAGAGACUAGACUUCACAGAUUGUAAGAAAGGACUUGGUGUGAAGAUUAUUGGGGGCUACAGGGAACAGAGCGGUGAAGAGUUCGGCAUUUUCAUUAAAAGGGUUUUACCUGGUGGUGUGGCGGCACAUGAUGGGCAUCUUAAAGCAGGGGACCUCAUUUUAGAUGUCAACAACAUGAAUUUAGGGGGAGUUACAAAUGAAAGGGCAGUGGAGAUUCUUCGCAUGGCAUCAGCUACAAAUCACAUGUCUUUACUGAUCGUUCGCGAUGAGGCCUCUAGGAAGGAAUUCGCUGAACUAAUGGAAAAAUAUGGCUCGAGCAGUAACACUAUUUCAGGAUCAGACAGCACAUCUCCCACCUCUGUUUCCACAGGUAAGAUGACUGACACUGCCUCCUCCUCCUCAUCAUCCAGAUCAACAAGUCCUCUGCUUCUGAGCCCUAAAGACCCAAACCCAGGAUACACCACUGCCUGCAAUGCCUCCCCAUCUCCACAAGUCUGCACAGACUGCAUGAUUCAGUUGAUAUGUGUUGCCAAGGGGACAGGAUUAGGCCUGGUCAUUAGAGGCGGGGCUAACCGUGCAGAGGGGCCAAUGGUGUUCAUUCAGGAAAUAAUGCAAGGAAGCGACUGCCAAAAAGAUGGGAGACUUAAGGCUGGGGACCAGCUCAUAUCUAUCAACAAAGAGUCAUUCAUCGGAUUAACACAUGAAGAAGCCAAAAGCAUACUUACUCGAACAAAACUUAGGCCAGACCCUACUGUAGAGAUAGCAUUUAUCAGACGAAGGUCUUCUUCAAGCUCCAGCAGUGGACCUCACAGUCCCAUCUCCCUUCAGCCUCCCAUCGGUACUGUCCCCCAGCUUAGGCCCACUGGACUGGGGGGAGUAACUCUGCCUGGAGGCCUUGUUCCCAAGAUAUCCAACACCCCCAAAUCUGGAAGUGAAACAUUGCCUUCAGUAGAACUUACUAAGGUACGAAUAGCAACAGCACAGCCUGAGUUCACCCCUGUAUCCUCACCUGAAAGUACCUGCUCCACGGUGGCCAACUCUGAUGUAACCGCUACCUGUAAGCCCAUCAACACAUCCAGACCCUCAAAACCUCCCCCCUCCAACCCCAGCUCCCAGAUCAAGCCAGAGAAAAUUGAGCAGACACUGGAGAUGCUGGGAUUGAAGCCUACUGAGAUCCAGGUCCAGACUCUGAGAGAAAGACUGCGUUUGAGCCCAGCAGGGACAGUGUCCAGUGGAGAUUUUGAGAGAGUUGCAAAGGAACAACUGAGUCUACCGUCUAAGUCUAACUUAGAACAGGAAGCAGCAAGAUUCACAUCAGAUGAUCUCACUGACUCUUCAUUAGACCCUACGCCAUCAAUAUCAGACUCUGAUGAUUUGGAUGAGAUGGAGAGACUAAGAAAAGACCACAUUGACGCCUUGAGAGAAAUCAAGAGACUACAGGAUAAGCUGGCAGAAUCCGAGAGCCUUAAUCAUAAGAUGCAGCAGGAACUGACAAAAGUUAAACAGGAAGCAAAAUCUGCCAUGGAAGAGAGCCGAUCCAUGUGGACCCGGAUCCAUCUGGCAGAGGCAGCUCAAAAACAGGUCCGGGGGAUGGAGAUGGACUAUGAAGAGGUUAUCCACCUCCUGGAGGCUGAAAUUGCUGAAAUGAAGUCGCAGAAAGCUGAGCAGCCUGGCCAGGGCAAGGAGGCGCUAGAAGACCUGAAAAAGAGGAUCGCUUUGCUUGAAUGUCAGCUUCGGAAGAGUGAAACUGCAAAUAAGGGUUUUGAGAUCUCUACGGGUAAACUUCUACAGUUUGUGGAGGCUGUCCAAGGCUUCCUGUCUGAGAACCAAAGUGGUCCAAGAGACUAUAGCUCUCCCAGUGAUCCAAAGCUGGCCACACUGUCUCAGACAUUGGCUUCUCGAGGUGGCAAGAAACCACCCUGGACAGCAUCUGCUCUCGCCUUGGAAGCUAAAGAACUAACUCAUGCUGUUAGAGCCAUUCUAGAGCUGGACUAGAAAGUGAUGUGCAUGAGCAUGCUUUCUAUUUCUCCAUGCAAACAUCACAACAUCUCUUUAAAUGCCAUUGUUGUCCCCAUAUCAAUGCAAAUGUGAACGUUGAUGUUGUCUGGCCCUUGACCUACUGUGUCACACAAACGUUCAUAUAAUUGUACCAGCAAUUUGACUAGAACUACAGUAUGCUGGAUGAGAUGGUGUUAAUUUUUGCAAGGAGAUUAAACAUGUUAUAAAUGUAAUAAUUUUGUCAUCAUAAUCUCAAAAUCAGUUGUAUCAUGGAUUUGUGUCAUUAAUCUGUAUUAUUCAUGGAGUCAGUCCUGUUUUUGCUUCUUUGUCUGUAUUGUAAACAAGGUGACUUUUAAUAAACAAUCUGACAU